AUGUCUGCUUGCCCAAUUGUCGGCGACGCUUUCACUUUCUCCGGCGGCGACGAUGAACUCAACGCCGCCGAAAUGAGUUCGCGUCACUCUUUUUCACUCGUUCAGUCAAUUCCUUCCUCUCACUAUUCCUCCCUUAGCCGGUCGCCGGAAAAUUUAUCCGACGUCCUAGCACUGAACGAAUCGGAAAACUAUUAG